AUGUCCAUCGGGAAUGGUUAACGAGGAUACAUUCAAGACCAUCUAUGCACAGUUUUUCCCUCAAGGAGAUUCGAGCCACUAUGCCCAUUAUGUCUUCAAUUCCUUUGAUACGGACCAUAAUGGUUCAUUAACCUUUGAGGAGUUUGUACAAGGCUUGUCAAUACUAGCAAGAGGAUCAUUACAAGAAAAGUUAAACUGGGCCUUUAAUCUCUAUGAUAUCAAUAGAGAUGGAUACAUAACCAGAGAGGAAAUGUUAAAUAUAGUACAAGCUAUCUACGAUAUGAUGGGUAAAUACUCCGAGCCAACGGUAGAAGAUAUCUCACCGGUAGAACACGUCGAAAGAGUCUUCCAGAAAAUGGAUAUGAACAGAGAUGGUGUAGUUUCCAUGGAUGAGUUCAUUGAUUCAUGUAAAAGAGACGAUAACAUCAAGAAGUCCAUGCACGUGUUUGACACGAUCUUAUGAUCUGCACUGGCGCCCUCUUUGGUUCAGCUGAUGAAAUGUUAGAACAUUGGAUGAGCAAGGAGAGAUAUCCUCCAGACUUAUUUUUAAUACAUUAGGAGCAAAAACUUUCACCAUUAAAUCGUCAGACUCUUUGCAAGAUUUUAUACAUCUUUGUCCCCAAAUCAGUUGAUCAUGUGACAUCACAUCUAGCUUCUGAUUCGUCCGCUGCACUACUAGUUUAGUAAAAUGGAAUCAAAACCCAAGCAGUGAUUGACCAAUCUAAAUCUAAGUAAAACUUAAAAUAGAAGACCCUUAAAAUCAUCUGUUGAUUACGAGUUUAAUCGGCUGAACUUUUACCGACAAUAUUUUACUGGAUUUUACUGUAUUAAUUGUUUGGUCUUUGUAAUCAAUACCAUGGUUAAUUCAUAUUCAUAUAUCGCAAUGGUUUAAUUCUGCAAAAGAAAAGCAUGCUGAUUGUUCAGUUCUAUUGGAAUUUUCAAUUCCCCUUGUUCACGUCCACUUUUCUUUAAAAUAUUUAAUGAAAUGGAUCUUUGGAAAAUAAAAUUUGCAUUAUGAAUUAUCCAGGUUUUUAUUGAAAUGAAUUCAGUAUCUUACAUGAUUUUCCCACCUCAUAAAUUGUUGAAGAGAAACUGAGUAAGUUUAGUGCUUACGCAUGUAUCAAAGAUCUUACCUAUCUGCUGUAAGUACAUUCUAUGCAUAGAAAAAAAAAUUAAAUAUCAACACAGAAAAGGAAUUUGUAAAAGAUCUUUUUACUUAGUAAAAUUAUCCAAUUGUACUCAUUGAAAAGACAAAAGUUGGCCCAACUAUUUUAGCCUGAAGUGUCCUUUCUUACUUUGUACAAAAACCUCUUUGCAGUUUUUCUACUCUCAGUGCUGUAUAGACUGCCGCGCCAGUCUUUUCUUUGAAAAAAAAUGCCUGUAUUCUGCGGGGGUAUAUGGUGAAAAUGCAGUGAUAGUGAAACAAAGAAACAGAGAGCAUGGAUGCAAGUCUAAUUAUUCUUAAAGGUUUCGAAGGAUUGAAGGAGGGGGAGAACUCUAUUGUCUUGAUUUAUACCGGUGCUAUAUCAAAGAAAUUCUUUAUUGAAGGUGAAGCUGGUUUUUACUACAUAAUACCUGUAUUAUAUGAGAUAAGGAAUGUUAUCAUUAGUAAAAGAGUACUAGUACAAUGAAUUCUGAUUACUUGUUAGAAGGAUUAGAUGAAUAGCAUAAUAGGUAAACGAAUAGGUUUAUUGGGACAGUUUGAAUUUGAUGAUAUCUUUAAUACCUACGUGAGCUCCAAAUGCCAGAUAGAUAAAUUUGUUGAAAGCAAAUUUAAUUGUAAGACAAUCCAAUUUCUUGUUGAUUUUAAAACGUGUAGCUACUCUGCAUUGCAAGAGUAUGAUUUUGUCAUUUUGAUGUAUGGUACAAUUUUUUCCCUGAAAAUUUAGGUGUUUGGAGCAAAUAAUUAAAAAUUUACCAGAACAAGUGUUUAUGCUUGCCUUGCCGAAAUUGAAAUGCAAGUUCUAUAGUUUGCCAUUAUGAAUGCUGGAACUGUUUACUAACAAUCAAUAACUCUUUCAUUAAUCAAUGUUUCCUCAUAUUUAUUAUUUUCUUCCAAAUAUGUAUACCGUAUCUUGAAGUUGGCAUUUAUUAGCAUAAUGCUCUCUGUGAAUAAAUUUGAUUUAUUAUCUAGUAUUUUUCAAAUUAAUAUUCCUCCUCAUGACAUAAACGGCAAUGUUUGAUAUUAUUAGCUAUACUAAGCAUUUUGGCUGCAAAUAUAUAUUGCAUACUAUUUGGAAUUAUAAUUGGGAGUGGGCAACAUUUUCUCUUUUUCCCUCUUUUGGAUUUCCAUCAUUGAUGGCUAUACAAAUAAAAGGGCAAUAUUUAUUUAUAUUGCAUCCUGUGCUUUUAUCAAAGUGCAAUGCACAGUUACUGUUACAUCUAAAAGAGACAUGGUAUAAAUACAUCACAAUUUUUUUUAAUCCAGAAUUAAUUAAAUACCUGAAUAACUUGGAAAAAUAGGCUUGAAUCAUGCAUUUUAUACCACUCUAGGUAAUGAUAGCAUUGACUGUCUAUUUUGGGGAACUUGGAAAAUGUUUGCAAUAUUGCCCUUAUCUAAAGACUAAGAGCAGUACUAUUCUGUUCCUGGCAACAUAUUUACUGUUCCCCUCCAGAGCAGUCAAUAUUAUAUGAUAUUAACUUCUCCCUAAAGCUCAUCAGUAGACUGUAUGUUAAACUGAUUAACCAGUUUACUAAAUUUUGCAAUCUCCAUAGACUUUAUACAAGGACUGUCAAGGUCCAAUGAGUGAAGAUAUUGAAUGAUGUAGUUUACUUCUCUGUACAUUUUGCAUUCCAUUUCUAUAUAUCAAAAUGAACUGCUUAUUUUUGUGUUUACGACCUUAGAUGAAAUGUUUAGUUUUAUUAUGAAUUUUAGUUUGAUAUUUUAUGCUAUUAUCAGUUAAAAUGAUAUUGUUUUCCUCUUCUGAUUAUGAUCACAUUUUUACAAAGUGCCUUUCAUAUUUAUUGGAAGCUUUAUUGAGGUAUGUAAAUAAACAAAAAAUACAUUUAUGCAUUUCAGAAGUUUAUCAUUUAUAGUACUUCACAAAAUAUGGUAUUAAACAAAAAUAUUCAGAUAUAUUUGAUUUUAGUUUGUUAUUGCUAUUUAGGAAGGCAUAAAUUUGCAAUGUUUAAUAGAAUUGAUUGCUGUCUAUUAUGUUGGAUUGAAUUUUUUUUUCGUUUUCAAGCUUCUUGAUUUAUUGUAGUACUUCUGUGUAUAUAUUCCUAUUGAAUUAUCUGCAAAUCUGAUCUAAAUCUAUGCCAUUAUCGAUAAAAAUAAAUCAUGUAAUAUUUGACUUUUAUAGCAGGUUAUUCAUACACAAUACUUGUAUUGUGAAGGCCCUAUCAUUCUACCUUAUUGCUUAAGUCACACAAACAAUUGUAAGCGGACUGAUAACAUGCCAUUUGAAAUAAUGUAAUAGCUUUAGAUUUGUCGGUGUAACUUUAAAUUCAUUAACCCGUUGUAGACUUAGCCUGCUGGUGUGUAUGGAAAACAUGUGUUAUAGCAAAAUUAUCCAGUCUCCAACGGGUUAAGAGGGAAAUUUGAACACACCAAUAUAACACUAAGAUCAAAUAAAGCUUUGUAUGAGAGUUUUAUCAAGAGAAAAUUAUGAAUUAUCUACAUUACUUAUGGAAUAUGAUAUAAUCACUUUUCUUCAAAGAUGUAAUUUUUAGGAAAAGAUAAAAUAUGUAAAUCACAUUGGUACAUCAUAUCUGUCUCUGAGAAAAAUAUUUUCUUUGUUUUUGUUUUUUCUUCGUUUUGAAUGAAUAAUAAAAGUGGGUUUUGCAAUAUGGAGAUGAUGUGUGAAUGUAGUUGGAUGUGGCCAGAGUAAUAGACAGUAUUUUUAUUUGAUUCUAUAAGAUAUGAGGAGAUUGGAUUUCAUUUUAAGUGUAUGAUAUGAAUAAGUGUUGCAUUUGUUCUGUUUCAGUAAGGAUAAAUUUUUUUCUCUGCAAAAUAUUUGUGAAAGCAUUGCAAUUCAUUGCUACUAUGUGUAUAUUUAUCAUACCAUAAUACCUCUCUUUGUAUUCUAUGGUGUAUAUUGUGGAUAUUGCAUUCAUUUUUCAUUAUCCCAACUUUAUUUGUAUAAAGGGCAUGUAUUAUAGUUAACCAAAACAGCAAAUGUCAACAAAAAAUUAUAAUCUUUAUUAUAUCAUAUUCAAUCCAUAUAAAAUCACAUAUUCAAAAUAAGCAUAUGCAGUAUUACUCUACAUAUAAAGUCAACAGAAAAAAUUGCAUUAUACCCACAAAAUUAUUAUAGAUGUACAGGUAUUUGACGCAAGUGGGAAGGGGUUGUCCCUGCUUUCUUAAGUGAAAAGGCAAACUAUCGUCUUUCUUGAACAGAAUCUGAGAGAUGGACUUUUUUUUCUUGUGCACAUUUUGGAAAUAUGGCUUAGAUUGAGGCACAUCAUUUUAUAUGUAUAGACAACUUCAAUAUGACAUAAAAGCCUGAUUAGUUGCUGUAUAUUUUUAUUUUUAACCCUUGUCACUGGAAACAAAAUAUAAAACGGUAAUAAGUGAUGACAGUAACAAAGAAGAGAGAUUGUUUCCUAAUAUAACUUUUUCAUUAAUAUCACUAAAAAUUGUGAUUAUUAUGUUCAUUUUUGUUGACGAUUUUUGUGUGAUAUUGUUUUGUUAUGUUUUUAAUUUCUGUUGAUACAGGGCCCCUUGGUGGAGCAGUUCUUGUAACUGAAAGGGCUUGACAAAUAAAUAAAAAAUAAAAAAUAAUUUCUGCUACUGAUCUAGGAUUAUAUCAUUCACAUGAUUAAAAAUGAGCCUUACAAAUUGUUACGUUAAAACAACAAUAUCAAGAACUGGGGACAGGGUUUUAAGUUAUUCUGAUUCUAAUAUAUAUUCCUGAUGGUUUUAGUAAACUCACAAAAAUUUGUUUAAAAUAUACUCUGAUUUUUUUUUCCAGUUUAGUAAGUGAAAGCUCUAUGCAUGGAAAACAGAAUGUGUUAGCUAUUCGCAUUUAAAUCAUAUUCACCGUCAGUAUCAGAUAAUAGAAAAGUGAUUAAUCGUUUCGUCUGAUCAAAUAAUUCUAUGGUUCAAUCAUGAAUGUGUGUUUUCACUGCUUUCUCUUCUUACACUUUUUGGAUAUAUGUGUUUAAAUUGUGAACCAUUCUGCAUUGUUUUCAAAGAAUGAAAAUGAAAGAAUUUCUCAAUGCUUGUAAAGUUGUAUUGCUUGUAUAAAACAAAUAUGUUUUUGUCUAUCGUUCUCUAUUUCUUUCUUUCUCUGUCCAUGGCAUAAAUGUUUACUCAACUUAUUCACAAUCAAACUUUAGUUAUAAAAGGAUGAAAUGAGGUAAAAACUAUACUUAGCAAUUCCAUUUGUUCAAAAUAUCUCAAAACAUUUUUAACUUGUCAUGACAGAUGUCUAUGUAACAAGAAAUGCUUAAAAAACAAUGUGUACAAGUACUCUCCAGAUUCAAAAUGAUUUAAAAUUCAAUAUGCCAGGUGAGUAAUCUUUCUCUUUGUACAUCUUUCUUUCUGUUUAGUUCCAUCAGAUGUGUAUUUUUCCAUUUCGGUAUGGUAGAGAAUUUUGCUACAUACAAGUAAUUUUAGUCAUCAUUUCAUGGUAUAUAGAAGGAAAGGGUUAUUACAAUAUGGGAUUUUUGCCCAUUUUCUGCUGUAAAUAUUUCUCUUGUUCAUUGAAUUCAAGCAUGGUUAGGCACUGCUCUCUUUUAAUGAGGUGCUCCGUGCUGAAUGCAACUGAUGAAUAUACAAACAUAUUACAAUAUUUGUACCAAACAUUAUGAGACGUAAUUUCACAAUAAAACGAAGAUUGGAAACGA